CCCGGCUGUCGACUCUUGAUGCAACUGAGCCGCAGAGCUGCACAGCGUAGCUAAAAGCGUGUGCUUGCGGCAGGUUACGCACUGAUACAGCGCUACGACAGCUCACGUACGCACGCAGCGACCUCUGCAGGACACGUCGCCGGGAGAGCCAAGGGCAAGUGCUGCAGCAGUCCUGCGCACCCGCGCGACGCUCACAAAAGGAGGGACCGGGCGAGUGCGGGACGCGCGCGGCGUCGAUCCAUGCGACCAAUCGUCGUCCUCAUGCUCGCCGGCGUGGCGCGGGCCCUCGUCGCCCCGGCCGCCAAGCGGCCGCGCUUCACGCGAGCCUUCGCGGCCGCCGGCGACCCGCGCGAGGUGCUCGAAAAGGCCGUCGCCUCGGCAUUGGGCGCGGCCUUCGGGCCUGAAUAUAAUGACCCCUCAAAAGCAGCACUAAGGCCCGCGACAAAAAAGACGUUCGGCGACUUCCAGUGCAACGCGGCCAUGGCCAUCGCCAAGCCCCUGAAGAAGAACCCUAGAGAGGUCGCGACGGAAUUAGUGGAGCGGUUGGAGGCCGAUGCUACUGUUCAGAACACAUUAGCGACGCCCCUCGAGGUCGCGGGCCCGGGUUUUGUGAAUAUGAGAUUAUCGGACGACUAUCUCUCGACGACAGUGGAAGCCAUGGCCACGGAAGAAAACUGCGGACUCCCGAAAGCAUCACAAAAGCAGACGAUCGUCGUCGACUACUCGUCGCCGAACAUCGCCAAGGAGAUGCAUGUUGGGCAUUUACGAUCUACCAUUAUUGGGGAUGCCCUCGCGAACUGUUUGGAAUUGAGAGGCCACGAUGUCAUAAGACAAAACCACGUGGGCGACUGGGGCACGCAGUUCGGUAUGCUGCUCGAGCAUCUCGGGGACAACACGGACGCUUCGAUCUCCGACCUAGUUGCUUUCUACAAGGAGGCGAAGCAGCGCUUCGACAGCGACGGCGACUUCAAGGAGCGAGCGCGAGAAAGGGUCGUCUCGCUGCAGAAAGGCGACGCUGCGACGCUCGACGCCUGGCGGAAGUUAUGUGACGUUUCUAGAGUAGAAUUCGAUGCCAUUUAUGAUCGUUUGAGUGUAUGUGGUUUAGAGGAGAAGGGCGAGUCGUUCUACAACGACCGACUAUCGAACGUCGUCGAGGAGCUCGAAAGCUCAGGCGUCGCGGAAGUUUCCGAUGGCGCUCUGGUAGUGUUCGACGAAAAAGAUAAAAAGAAGGAAAAGGUACCCCUCAUCAUCAGGAAGUCGGACGGUGGGUUUUUAUAUGCGACUACUGACUUGGCGGCCGUCGACUACCGCUCCAAGGAGCUAAAAGCUAAUAGGGUACUAUAUGUGACAGAUGCGGGUCAGUCAGGACACUUCAAGGCCGUAUUUCAAGCAGCACAACGAUCGCAAGAACUCGGAGAUAUGUCUCUGGAACACGUCCCCUUUGGACUCGUGCAGGGCGAGGACGGCAAAAAGUUCGCCACGCGAAGUGGUGAAACGGUACGGCUGAAGGAUCUACUCGACGAAGCCGAAUCAAGGUGUCUGACGGAGUUGCAGGAGCGGGAUUCGGAUGCCGAGGAUCUCACAGAGCUAGCGAAGGUUGUCGGAAUUGGUGCGGUGAAGUAUGCUGAUUUAUCUCUCAAUAGGGAGUCGAACUACAAGUUUUCCUACGAGAAGAUGUUGAGUUUAUCGGGCAACACCGCGCCUUACAUGUUAUACGGUUAUGCUCGGAUCAACGGUAUAAGAAGGAAGGCCCAAGAAGAGGUCGGCGUGGGAAAGGUUGUGCUAAAGGAGGAUGCCGAGCGCGAUCUCGCGAGGCACCUCGCUCUCUUGUCUGCCACGAUUGUCGAUCUGGAGAGAGAACUACGGCCGAACGCGCUCUGCGACUACUUGUUCGAGCUGGCGCAGAUCUUCAACCGCUUCUACGAGAGCUGUCCCGUCCUGAAAGCGGAGAGUGAUGACAUAAGGGCGUCGCGCGCGACUUUGUGUGCCGCGACGGCGGCUGCUUUACGGUUGGGGUUGGAGGAGGUGCUGGGCAUCGGGCUCGUGGACCGGCUGUAAGGUCUUUAUCUUAU